UCGAAGAGAUUUCGUUCUUUUUUUUACGGGUCGAACAGGAACGAUCUAUGGAGGAAACAAAGUUGAUGAAUAUAGUCGAAAAGCAGAUGCAAUUCAAGCAUUUCAUGCUGUUUUUCUUGAUAAAACUGGAAAUGAAUGGAAUGAAAGAGAAAACUUUCAAAAAUUACCAAAUAAACAUUAUCCAUUGGAAAUUGAUUAUGGUCAACAUGGUGAUAAUGAUAAAAUGCAAAAAUUACUUGAAAGUGCCAAUUUAAAUAUUCAUUCGAAAUUAGCAAAUGCUGUUCAAGAUCUUGUUAAAAUGAUUUUUAAUGUUGAAACAAUGAAACAAGCUUUAUUAUCAUUUGAAAUUGAUUUAACAAAAAUGCCUCUUGGAAAAUUAUCAAAAAAUCAAUUAGAUAAAGCUUAUAAAGUGUUAACUGAAUUACAAACAUUGAUUACAAGUGGUGCAACAACAUCGAAAACAGCUAUUAUUGAUGCAAGUAAUCGAUUCUAUACGCUUAUUCCUCAUGAUUUUGGUCUUGCAAGACCACCUUUACUUGAUAAUGUUGAAUUAAUAAAAACAAAAACUGAAAUGAUCGAUAAUUUAUUAGAAAUUGAAAUUGCUUAUUCGAUGUUGGAUGAAUCAAAUAAUGUUGUCGAAAGUACUGAACAUCCAAUUGAUGUUCAUUAUAAAAAAUUAAAAUGUGAUCUGAUUCCAGUUGAUCAGAACUCAGAUGAAUUUAAAUUAAUUGAAAAAUAUAUGAUUAAAACACAUGCCAAAACUCAUGAUCAAUACGCAUUAAAAUUACGUGAAUUAUUUAAAACAACACGUCAUGGAGAAUUUGAUCGUUUUCAAAAAUUUCAAACUCUUGAUAAUCAUCAAUUAUUAUGGCAUGGAUCAAGAACAACAAACUAUGCUGGAAUUCUUAGUCAAGGUUUACGUAUUGCACCACCAGAAGCUCCUGUUACUGGUUAUAUGUUCGGUAAAGGUGUUUAUUUUGCUGAUAUGGUUUCAAAAAGUGCAAAUUAUUGUUUUACAUCAAAACAAUCUCCUGAAGGAUUAAUGCUUUUAUGCGAAGUUGCACUUGGAAAAAUGUAUGAAUGUAAUAAAGCAACGAAUUUAUCUGCAUCAACGUUACCAAAUGGAACACAUUCGACAAAAGGUUGUGGAUCAACAAUGCCUGAUCCAAAAGAAUAUCAUUAUACAAAUGAUGGAUUACUCAUUCCAAUGGGUCAUGGUGUUCCAUCGAAUUCUCGACAAACUUCUUUAUUAUACAAUGAAUAUAUUGUUUAUAAUACUGAUCAAAUCAAUAUGAAAUAUCUUUUGCGUGUAGAUUUUCAGUACAAAUAUUGA